UUCGCCGGCCAUGGUUGAGCCAUGGCGCACUUAUUUGCACAUCGAUGCUCUUCUUCAUUCUGUGGAUGGGCACCCCUUCAGCUCGCUUGCGCGACGACAUUCUUAUUUACUGUGAGUGGACAGACAGCGUCGAACGGCAUAGUAGUAAUUGAUCCAUCACAGCUCCAGCAAAUGUUGCUGUCGAGCCCAUGAUUGUAAGGUUUAACGGAACCCUCAACUUUCCUUCUAUCUAUCGUGGCCCCCCUUCUCCACAAAUCGAUGCCGCUUGGUACAAAAUAUCUCGUGAUGUGCGACCAACUCAAAUGACGCUUGAGGAGAUGCACAAAGCCGGCGAAACGGAUUUACGUUCGAAAGUGAGGUAUCCGGACAAAAUUGGUGGAGGUUUCAUGGUAUCUAUGGAAGUCACCCACCAACUGCAUUGUCUGAACUUCCUUCGCAAAGCCUCCUGGAUGGAGUAUUAUGAGCCCAUAGAGUCUGGGUUCCAGGACAGCCCCCAAGUAGUUCGUAUGCAUCUUGACCACUGCAUCGAAAUGAUUAGGCAGAAUAUCAUGUGCAAUGCCGACGUGACGAUGAUCACAUGGGACUGGGUGAAGGGACACAAGGUUCCUUACCCUAACUUUAACACCCGUCAUCAAUGCAGGAAUUUCGAGAAAAUAUUGGACUGGGGUAUGAAGCAUGCUGUUCAUAUCGAUAAAUCGGAGGUUACUCGCUUAGAAGAUACGAUUGACCUCCCCUCUCCCUUACGUCGUGAUGCCUAAGGAAUAACGCACCACUUGUCCACUUGCUCACUGCACAUAUUCAGGAAUACAUUGGGGGAGGAGAGUGGUCAUCGGGGCCUUGGAAGAGUUAUCAUUAUUCAUAAAUCAAGUGGGAUGUAAAUUUGCUGCAGAAAUUUAAACGCUUCACAUUUUCAUGUUA